AGAUGGAUGUAACUAAAACCUUUAAACCGGAUCAGGCCACGAGCCCACAGAAGAAGUUGAUGCCUGAUAUUAUAAAGAUCCAAUGGAUGAGGGCUGGAAUAACGCCGAAUCGAACAUGCCUUUAGAGUUUAGACCUUGCCCUGCCCUGCGCUGCCUUGCCCUGCCUUUGCAUUGAUUUCAGUUUCUUGAACUCGGCGGCGAACAUCGGAAUUUUUCCUGAACUAAGCCGAAGCGAAACAAAACCCAAUUAUUAAAAUAAUAAUAAUAAUAAUAAUUGACCAGACUUGUUUCUGCUCUAGUUUGGAAACUUCCCCACCAAUGUUAGCCCACUUAGCCCAGCCUGCUCCAUUGAUGAUAGCCCGGCAUCGAGCGGAAACUCCGUCUCCAUGGAAACGAAAACGCGAAGAGACUUGCGGUUGUUUUUGUGUUACGAGGAAUACUUUUGGAGAGACUUUUAAUAGCUGUGUGAAGCAGAAUAUUUACUUAAAUCUUCGCACCAAAGUCUCCGCUUUGAAAGUUUCUCCAUCUCUUGUUGCCCUUGUAUCUCACUCAGGUGAUGGUGAUUUGUUAUUUGCAUGCUCGGGGACUAUCUUCGAAUGUCAACACCAAGACAAUAGCGAUGAAUUCAUUGCCACCAUCCUUACUUCUGCUACUCUUCUUACCGGUCGUUCUCCUUCUUCCAAUGCUGACAUAGCACCUAAUAUACAGGUUGAUGUUUAUUUAUGGGAUGGUAAAACAUGUCAAGGUGAAAUCUCUGCUUGCGAUAUUCAUUUCAAUCUUGCUCUUAUUAAGAUAAGAUCCAAUCAACGACUGCCAACGCCAAUUUUUAAGCAUUUGGAUGAUUCCAUGACCUUAACUCUACCCAGAGUGCUGGAUUCAACAUCAUAUGAGCUCCAUUCUCAGCAGGAUAUGCUGCAAGGUUCAAAUUCUUUUAAAAUUUGUGCUGGGGACAAGGUCAUAGCUCUUGGUCGCCAUUAUCUUUCCCAUGAACUUAUGGCUGCACCUGGUGUAUUCAGGUUUGGCUAUUGUGAUCUUGACUGUGAACAGCUUUGCAUUGCAAGUUGCAAGAUUACUAUGGGUGGUAUCGGGGGCCCCCUUAUCAAUCGUCAUGGAGAAGUCAUUGGAAUUAAUUUUUACAGUGAAUUAUUUACACCAUUUCUGCCGAUCAAUGCAGUUUCUAAAUGCUUGGAGAACUUAAAGAACCAUGGGAGAGUUCAUCAACCUUGGCUUGGGGUAAAAGCAUCUAGCCUUGGUUCUGCAAGUGUGUAUAAGUUAGAAAAGAUAAUUCUUAAGUUUCCCCAAAUCAGCAAAGGUGUCCUUGUUGAAGAGGUAACAUCCGAAUCUCCGGCUGCAUAUGCUGGAAUACGCCCCGAUGACAUUAUCGUUCAAUGUGGUGGAAAGUCUGUUGGGUCUUCCUUAGAGUUCUUUGGAUUUAUGUUAGACAAGGUUGGGGAACCUGUUGAGUUGGAUGUCCGGAGACCAAGUGAUGGUACCUGUUUGACUCCAACUGUCUUUGCUGGUGAUAGAUGUAAUAGGUGGCCAAUUCCUAAGGAACGACAGAUGUUAUUCGACACUAUACAUAUGUAGCGGUAAUUAUUGAAAUAUUUUGCUUUUGGUGUCAUUUCAAAUGGCCGUUGGUAUUUACGAUGAAUAGAGGUUGCUUGUUUGGUGCUGUGCAAUCCAGGAACAGAAUGAACGGAUUUUGCAUUUUGUUAGUUUUACAAAUUACAACUAUUCAAUGCUGCGUAAGUUAUUGUAGUAUGAUUCAAGCUUGACUAAUAGUUUUUCAUUAAUGAUCAGCUAUAAGUGAUCAAAUUAGCAUCUAAAAGUUAUUCAGGAAUGAGGUCCAAACUUACGUUUCUGUUUAAGGUAAUAGGUAACAAAAUAACUAGAAUGAAAGAAU